AUGAUUAAACAACAGCAACUUAAGGCGCAAAGCGCCCAGGUCCUUCAGACCAUUACAUACGCCACAUAUGCAUAUAAUUCAAAGCCGGCAGAACAAACGCAAAGGUUGAAAUAUGGAGAUUUGGAGAUAGUAUUGAAAAAUGACCAUUUCGAAUUCGUUUGCAAAGGUGGUGCAGUGAUAUCAAAUAUAAAAGAAAUUUUAUUUAUGAAUUCUAAAAUUAAAGGUAUAACGGAUGAUAUAACAUCCAUUCCACCAGAAGAACAGAGAUAUUACGCAUUAAAUGCAUUUCCUAAAGUUUUGAAGAUUGGAAGAUUUAAUUUAAAUGAGGAAUUCAUAGAAGGUUUCCUAAAUGACAUAAUGAAGAAGGUGGAUAAGGAAUAUGUGGAUAGUGAGUUAAUGAAGAAAGCAGAUAAGGAAUACGUUAAUACUGAAUUAAAUAAGAAGGUGGAUAAGGAAUACGUUAAUACUGAAUUAAUGAAGAAAGCAGAUUUAGUUUAUGUUAAUAAUGAAUUAAAUAAGAAAGCAGAUUUAGUUUAUGUAAAUACCGAGUUAAAUAAGAAAGCAGAUGUUGAUCAUACACAUGUUCAAUUCGAUGAAUUAAAUAACAGAAUUAAUCAAACAAAUGCAACAGUUAAAAGUAAUUAUGAUAAUUUAAAUUUCAGAGUUAAUGAAAAUUCAAGAGUAAUUAAUCAAAAAGCAUUUAAAAGUUAUGUUGACCAGGAAUUAAAUAAGAAGGCAAAUUUGGUUUAUGUUGAUGAAAAAGAUAAUGAAAUUAAAGAAAAGGUUGAAGGGUAUCAUGAAUGGACAUUGGAGACUUUUAAAGUUAAAGCUGAUACAGAAUGGGUUUCAGGAUGUUUAGACCUUAAAGCAGAUAAAACUUAUGUUAAUGAUAAAUUAGAGAAGAAAGCAGAUAAAACAUAUGUUAACGAUGAGUUAGAGAAGAAAGCAGAUAAGGAAAAAGUUAUUUCAUUCAUUAAUACUGAGUUAGCAAAGAAAGCUGAUAUAUCAUUUGUUAAUGAAGAAAUAAAACAAUCAGAGGUCUAUUUUACUCCACCAUUUUUAAAUUUUAUGAAAUCAUCAGAUAAAACAUUUCAAUCUAUUGAAUGGAUAUGUUACGAUGGAGUGACCAUGUAUUUAUUUUAUACAGCUGGAGUGCUUUAUUAUUUUAAAACAAAUGAUUUUAAAAACUAUGAAUCAUUUACUCCAUCUGUUUGGAAUCCUGAUACACGAGAGCCAAUCAUUAAUCCAAGAAUUUUAUAUGUUGAAUAUAAUAACGGUAAAUUUAUGGGAAUGAUAACGGUUGGAGAUGAUUUUUGCCCUUUUUAUUCAUUCGAUUGUAUCCAAUGGUUCAAAU